AUGGAAAGUGCCAACCAGACAGCCUCUGUGACAGAGCUCAUUCUCCUGGGCCUCUCAGCCCACCCGAGGCUGGAGAAAACAUUCUUUGUGCUCAUGCUGCUCAUGUACCUGGUGACCCUGCUGGGCAACGGGGUCCUCAUCCUGGUGACCAUCCUUGACUCCCGCCUACACAAGCCCGUGUACUUCUUCCUGAGGAACCUCUCCUUCCUGGACAUCUGCGACACAACCUCCUCAGUCCCCCUCAUUCUUGACAACUUCCUGACCCCCAGGAAAAUCAUCCCCUUCUCAGCCUGUGCUGUGCAGAUGUUCCUCUCCUUUGCCAUGGGGGCCAUGGAGUGUGUGCCUCUGGGCAUGAUGGCGUUUGAUCGCUAUAUGGCCAUCUGCAACCCCCUGAGGUACCCCAUGGUCAUGAGCGAGGCUGUCUAUGUGCCCAUGGCUGCCAGCUCCUGGGCAGCUGGAAGUGCUGCCUCCACGGUUCAAACAUCCCUUGCAAUGAGGCUGCCCUUCUGUGGGGACAAUGUCAUCAACCACUUCACCUGUGAGAUCCUGGCUGUCCUGAAGUUGGCCUGUGCUGACAUCUCCAACAAUGUGAUCAGUAUGGGGGUGACCAAUGUGAUUUUCCUGGGGGUCCCAGUUCUGUUUAUCUUUGUCUCCUACAUCUUCAUCCUCACCACCAUCCUGAGGAUGCCCUCAGCUGAGGGGAAGAAAAAGGCCUUCUCCACCUGCUCUGCCCACCAAACAGCUGUGCUUAUCUUCUAUGGGACCAUCCUCUUCACGUAUGGGAAGCCCAAAUCCAAGGACCCCCUGGGGGCAGACAAAUAG